CGCUACUAUGUAACUUGGAAACAUAACUUUUAGAUAACGACUAGUCUGCGGCCUCCUGGAUUUCUCUCCUUCACAUUCUCUAGGAGCCAGAAUUGUCAUCUAUAUCAUUUUCGACCUAAUGCAUGUCUCUAUCCUGGACAAAACGGAAAACAUUGUUGAGUUCGUUACUCAAUAGUUCCGAUGACGAUGAAGAAAGCCUUGCCUUGGAUCGGAUUUUGCAUGGUCAACAGGUCAUAGGAAGGACUACGAAAACUGCAGAGAUUGAAUCUCUCCGUUUUUCAGACAGAGAUCUUGUCGUCUUGGGCACACUGGAGCAUGGCCAAUUCGGGGUGAUUGACGUGGUGACAUGCCAGCUAAAUGGUCGCGUAUAUGUUCGCAAAUCUAUCGAGAAACAUUUUGCCCUGCGGACUCAUGAACAAUGCUCUCCACAGUUAGAACGGGAUAUUCUUCUGUGCGCGAAACGUGAGCGCUCAUCGUGGGCUCCGCACUUACUUUGUGCAUUCCAAACAUCCACUCAUCUCAACGUUGUAAUGGAUUAUGCCGAAGGAGGCACAUUAUGGGACGUCCUUGAGUCAAGCCCUGAAGGUAGAGUUCCUGAGGCAGACAUACUUUGGUGGGCUCCUCAGGCAGUCUGCGCCAUCAAUUGGUGUCAUUCACAAGGUUUUGUACAUCGUGACAUCAAACCCCAGAACUUCGUUCUCACAGCAAGCAAUCACAUGCUUCUAAUAGAUUUCGGGUCUGCUGCGCCUCUUUCACCUCCAGAGCUUGACGGGAGCCAGUCGGUCCCGAAACGAUAUACUCUUGUUCCUUGUGGUACUUGUGAUUAUAUUUCUCCUGAAGUUUUGCAAGCACACGAAGACGCCCUCCUUGCGUUGGAGUUGUCGGACGACAAUGCUUCGCCUUCAAUCUCCAAAGAGGCUACUCCGUAUGGCUUGGAGGUAGAUUGGUGGAGCCUCGGCGCAAUGUUGUAUGAAUUGGUUUAUGGAGUAGCCCCUUUCUUCGCUAAAGACAUCCGAACUACCUAUCUGAGGAUUUUGGACUACGAGACGAGCUUGCGCUUCAAUGCGGCGAUUCCCGUUUCUAAACAACUACAGGAGUUACUUUGCGGACUUCUCACUGACCGACGCCGCCGUCUCGGUAGAUGCAGCGUGUUGGAAAUUACAGAGCACCCGUUCUUCGGAAAUACCGACUGGUCUUGCGUAGACUCGCGCCCUGCACCACCUGACAUCCAUGUGCCGCAAUUUACAUAUUCUGUGUCAGCUGCGCCCAUUACGCCCAUAGAGCGCUCAGAUCCCACGGAUGAAGGAAAUUCACAGCCGUUCGCGUUUUCUGCUUUAUUCCACUCUUCCCCAAACACUUCGCCUGGAAUAUCAAUUUUGCGGGACACGUCUCAUCACAUAUCUCCACAAGCUGAAUCGGCCUUCAUCGGAUUUUCGUGGGGUCCCACUGAGGAUGCUUUCCUUCUCCCAACCGAUCCAUUUCGAAAACACGAGAGAUUGGCCACCCCUCGGGCUCUACAGGCCACUUCCGGGAAAUCUAGCCCUUAUCCAUCGCUCAAAGCUUCCAGCGCUGCCACGCAUUUCUCCGCGUUUGCAACACCCGUUCGUCCCCAUAGUUUAUCAGCAUUUCACACCCUUCCCCGCACAGGCACUAUACGGCGUACAGCUCAGCGGCGCGCUGUUUCUGAUCGUGAGGCCAUGAAGCAGCUCGUAGAAUGCAUCGGAAUGAGCGCCAGGAAGAAAGUCCUCGCUAGCGGUCGCAAGCCGCGGUUGAUGCAGUCCUUUGGCCGAAGUUUCUCAAACCCCGUCCGGAAAGAGCUGCGCUUCGGUCUCCAGCCCAUUAUCACCAACAAAACUUAUGACUCCGAUGAUUUCCCAGCUGUGGUGGUUGCUUCGCCAUCAGAGGGAGUCGACGAAACCGAGUCGGAUGGGCCACCAAGUCCCAGUCCCAGUCCACGCCCCGGUUCUGCAAUGUCUAUACUCAGCCGAAGAAGUGUCACGCCCACAAUAUCUAGAUCCUAUUCUGCUCGUCUGUUAAACCUCCCCUCUACUUCAUUUACGACGAGUGGAUCGCAUGAAGAACUCUUGAGUAAUCUGCAAGGCGACGAGAAUGUGUUUGAAUCACUGGAAAAUAGGCACGCCGCCAUGAUGUCUGAUUUGACAGCAAUAGAAGGGCGCUUGAGCUGCAUCUCCAUGUUAUUAUCGGUGGAGGCACCCAGGUCCUCCGCUAACGUCACUUAAAAGGGGAUAUCUCAUCGGAGCGAUCCGUAUCACCGGCGAAGUGGAAUUUCAAAUUCAAAUGCGAGCAACUGUACAACCGUAUACUACUAUAACACUUUGUAUAGUCUGUUGUACAUGGGCCAAUUCACAUCCACAUGCUAAUGUCACCCGGCAUCCCAUGCACUAGAGUUUCUUUGGCAAUACGCGUGGAAGCUGCUUCCCGCACAUCAUAUAACGCUCUGCUUGUUGACGAUGCCCUUGGGCAAUUUUUGCCGUGAUUCCCCGAAGUUGUUAGAUGGUCCUG